AUGAGCACCCACCAACACCGCCCGACGGCCCUCUUCUGCGACGCCGACGCGGGCACGGCGGCCGCGGGCCAUGGCGGGGCGCACGCCGUCCCGCUCAGCCUGUUCGAGGCGGUCCUCACGUCGUAUCCGCCCGUCCUCGAGUCCUUCCUCGCCCAGAUCCCCACGCCCGCCCUGCUCGGCCUCUACCACACGUCGCGCCACCUGCGCGACUUCCUGCGCCGCUACCCGCUGGCCUGGCGCACCCUGUCCUUCCGCCUGCCCCAGCCCGCCGUCGCCGUGGGCACCCCCGGCACCGAGACGCCCGACAGCAGGGAGCGCCAGUCCAAGGCCUACUCGUUCGACGCCCUGCUGAAGCAGAUCGUCGCCCCCAACGGCACCCGCCUGACGAGCCUCGACCUGUGCAACACGGCCGUCACGGGCAUCGCCCUCGUCGGCAGCGUGCUCGCCCCGCGCAUCGACGUCCUGCAGCACCUCUCCGUCCGGGGCUGUAAGAACGUCUCGAUCAAGUACCACCUCGUGCCGUUCCUCGAGCCCUACACCCUCAAGGACGCGCCGUGGAUGCAGAACGACCUCGCCCUCAAGAGCCUCUACACCUACCGCUGUCGCCACCACCGCCGCCGCCCCUACCUGCCCUCGUCGCUGAUACGGCGGGACUCCGACUCCGACCCGACCCACCAGCUGAUCGAGAUAUGCCACCAGCUGGGGAUAUGGACGGACACGGCGUGGUGUCCGUCGCAGGGAGGACGCUGCUUCCGGAGGAAAGACUACCACGCGGGGAGGGCCGGGCCGCAGAACAUGGAGGUCUGGGUGCCCUUUGACAGGCUGUGGAGGUCGAGCAACCGCAUCGGCCCUGUCCAAGGCACCACAAAACUAGGCCACCACGACGGCAGACUGUGGGAGAUUGCCGAAACGGGAGAGGACGGCGAGCCACUGGGGACAGAGAACGGCCAUUCGCACGGAGAAGGCAAAAACGUUCCUGUGCACCUACGGAAGAGUCACAGUACCUUCAUCGACGACGUCAAGUGUACGCAGUGCGACGAUGUCAUUCUGGAGCGCUGUGAGUCUUGCAGUGUUCGCAUGCAUUGCAUGGGCUGUCGCAAGACGCUCUGCGCAAGUUGUGCCUUCAACCGGCCCAUACCCAGGAAGCGAGUAAAGACACGCCAUUUUGCAAAUCUAGCCUUUGGGAACAGCACAACCCUGGGUAGCACACUAGGACAGGCAGCUGGAUCGUCCAUCUCGCUUGAGAACCGCACCCAGGACGACAAGGCCGAGAGCAACCGCUUCUGGUGGGCUCCAGGCGCGUCUCGAUCACCAAAUCUCAUGAACGAGAGUGCUCAUGAUGAUGACUCCUCGGAUUCAGAGGACGGUGGCAACUUCAACAAUGGUAUGCACGUGCCACCGGCAAAUCGAGAACCUCCAAAGCUGAAUAUGCACUGGUGUUGCUUGGAGCCCAUCUUCUCGGGUGGCGGCGGUAUUGCUGUCUUGGGUACCGGAUUAGGCGGCAGGGGCGCAGAUAAGAUUCGAGCGGCACCUCUACCGCGUGAGAAGCAGUUUGAGGAUCCAGACUUUUCGAACCAGCUUCGCCCAGUGGACUACAUCCGGGAACUUCGGAACAACGGCCUGUACGAAUAUGUUCUCGGCGAGGACGUCGAUAUCCUGCAGUACCUGAAGCAAGACAGUCUCGAGCUGCAACAACAGACAUGUCCGCGAGGCCUGUGUCAGGACUGCUAUCGAAGCUUCAGGUGGAAGGUGUCUUGUCGGGCUUGCAAGAACCCCAUCUGCAAAGAGCACGACUUCAGAGCGCUAAAGGUCCGCAAAUGCGGUUAUCGAGACAUGCAUAUCGAGCGUGAUCACGUUCGAGCGCACAACGAACCUCUUCAACACAUGGUCAUCCCUGAGUUCAACCCCAACAGGCCGAGCAUCCAGGACCCGGAACGCACACCAACAGCACUGUCACAAAACGAUCUUCCUUCCAUCGCCGAUAACGAGUCUGAAAUGUCUGAUGCCACGCCUCUGUCGCAAUCGCAGAUUCUUGCCCCACCUUCUACCCUCGAAAUGGCCGCUUCCACCUCCUUCAACGCAACUCCGUCUGCCAACCCUUUCUCCCUCACCGCCUCUUUGUCCUUCGUCCCCGUCAGCUCGGCUCGUCCCCGCUCCUUCAGUACAUCGGGUGUCCGCAGCCGCAACUUGGCUUCAUGGCCGAACUCGCCGCGUGCCCCUCCAAACACAAUAUCGAACCCUCCACCACUACCUUGCAACCCACGCCACCCCGUUCAAUGGGAGGGGUGUGGGGCUUACUUCUGCCAGUAUCCACGUACGGUGGGUGACAACCGUCCACAGUGUCCAGCGAUAUUGAAGGAGUGCUCUGAAUGUGCUGUGCUGGUUUGCGAUCAAUGCGCAGGGGCAACCCCAACUUGCACAUGUACCUUCUGCACAGUUAACUAUCAUUGCCCCACUUGUACCCGCAAGCCCAGCGUACAGGCCAAGUGCCGUCUUGAAGCCGAACUCCGAGCUAAGAAAGAAGCCGAACUGCGCGUCAAAGCUCGGCUGGAGAAGGACCGAGAGGAGCGUGGCCAGGCAGAUGAGUUGGCCGGCGCACUGAACGAGUUCCUCGCUGCGGUGGGUUAUGACGAUGAGAUCGACUACCAUGCCACGGCGCCAGGCGAGGGGUACAUGAGCUCCUCCAUCACGGAACUGCCCCUUUCCAGCCCGGACUCUAUCACAGUCACGACGGAGUUUGGCGUCUUGGAGGAGACGGGGAAUGUCACCAUCAUCUCGGCUGCGGGGCUGCCUCCGUCGUACCAUGAUAACGAUGACAACGAUGAAGAAGAAGAAGAGCAAGAGGAGGAAGAGAGCAACGCGGAAAUGAUCGAGGAUCUGCAUGAUGAUAUGCAUGCCAUGACGCUGGAGCAGCACAUGGCUCUGGUCCAUCUCUCGAUGCAGACGUCAACUACGGUUAUCACGCAGCAUCCUCCGCCGGCACCACAACAUGAGGACACGAACGACACGGGUGAAGAAGCGGAUGUCGACACAGACGAAGUCGACGCAGAUGCCGAGAGCGCGUUUAUUGAGGAGUUUAUGGCCGAGGACCCGGACGAGGCGGAUGACACGCUUACCCCUACUCCCACCCCAACGACAACGAUGGUUACCUGA